GUUUUCUAUACUGUAUGCCCCCUUCUUGUUGUAAGUACACCGUCAAAAUUGGAAUCCAAACAGGCAAGUUUUUAGGGCCUUAGAUGUUGACUUUCUUCAAGGUUACACGCAGCCUUCAAUUAUUCGCAGCUUUGCGACUUCAUUCCUUUGCGACAACUGUGUAACCUAGCAUUGACGCUCUAUCAUAAUCACUUUAUUAGAGCACAGACACGUAAACAAGAACUUGAAGAAUUUUUUAGUGAGCAGCCAGCGCUUGUCAUUUAGUGGAGGAAGAUAUUAUAAUUGAAAACCAUGACCGACGCCGAGCAGCCUUUGCCGCCGGGCCUGGAAGAGGAUGUGGAUCCCUCCCUGCUGCUUGCCGCCAUGAACACGGGUAACGCGGCCGCUGCCACCGAGGGUCAGAGCUACACCGCUGCGGAGUGGGCCGAGUGGAUGAAGCAGCAGGGACUUGUCAUGGCCGGACCGCCCGGGGCACCAGCAAUUCCGGGAGCCGUCGCCCCCGCCGUGGCACCAGCAGCCGCACCCGCUGCAGCACCUCCGGUGCAGGUAAUACCGGUGGGCCAGAAAGGCGCCUCCUCGUCUGCAGCCAACGGGAACGGAGUACCAGCACCAGCGCCGCCAGUCCAACUGGACGAGGACGGUCGACCGCCUAUCAUCCGUGGCGGGCUGAUCUCCGAAAAGGCUGCCGAAGUGCAAGUAGAAUGGGCUGACGCUGAUUAUCGCGAGGCCUUGCUCGCUGCGGAAUCCUGGGACUCGCUAAACCUCACAAAGUACUUUCUUACUUCAUCGUAAAAAGACACACUUAUUGUCAUUUUUUCCAUUAGAUGAAAUAUUUUGGCGGUUCUCCUUACGUGAAAACUGCGCAGAUCGAGCGUCAUGGCCUCGUAGUGCAACCUCUCACGCCGUGCUGCUACGCAGCAAGCUACCGAAAAAAAAGGAAAAGAAUUCAACAACUCUGGACAACUCUACUACUCUAGGGAAUUAAUGGAGGGCAUCCACGGCAUGAACUACGUUCGACCUUCACGGAUCCAAGCCGCCGCACUGCCACUCAUCUGCCCGCCAAAAUCGAAGAACAUGAUCGGGCAGGCUGCAAAUGGAAGCGGUAAGACGGCAACCUUCUCACUGGGAAUGCUUGCGAACAUAGAUCCCAAGCUCACCUAUCCGCAGGCCAUGGUGAUGGCACCAACACGAGAACUCGCGAACCAGACAGAGGAGGUCGUCAUGAAGCUCGGGAAAUUCAUGGGCAUUAAGGUCCUCAAGGUGCUGCCUCAGGGAGACAGAAUCGAAAAGGGAAAAUGCGAAGCACACAUUCUAGUCGGAACACCAGGACGGGUACAGAUCGCAUUUUUGCGUUGUUGCGCAUUUUUUGUUGAAAACAUGUCACCGAGCAAAGCUGUCGUACCACGUGAUUUUUUAUUUUUUCUCCGGCAAACCCGUGAGCAUGAACAAGUUUGUCAGCAAGAAGUCGCUACUUCGCGAAAACACAAAAUUCACUACAGAUCUACGACGUGACAAAGAAGCGCAUAUUGAACGUGGACCGGGUGAAGGUUUUCAUCCUUGACGAAGCUGACGUCAUGUUGGACCAAGAGAAUCAAAUGGGCCGCGACGUCGCGUCCGUCCGAAAGUGGCUCUCACCAGAUUGCCAAGUUUUAUUCUUCUCCGCCACGUAUUUACUCAAUUUGUUUUCUCCUGAGAUUUUUGUUUGUGUUGGUUUCAUUGUCUAGAUCUACUAGCGUGCCGAAGUAGAUCACGAAAAUGCGUUUUUGAAGCCGGCCUUCUCCAAUGGGAAAAGAAAACAACUCCACCAGAUACCCGGAUCACGUGCGAGAGUUCGCGAAGGCCAUCGUCCCGAACGCAGCAAAAAUCACGGUGCAAAACAAGGACUUGGCGAUUGACACCAUUCUCUCCUUUUACCAGCAGUGUGCAAAUAACGACGAGAAAUACCAGGCCCUGAAGGAAAUAUACGCACACUUGAAUGUUGGGCAGUCCAUCAUCUUCAUGAACAGCAGGAAAACUGCGUACUGAGAACGAUCUAUUUAUAUUUGAUUUAUGCUUUUGUUUAUUAUUAUUCAUCUAUUUCGAUUUCCAUUUGUUCCUUUGUGCUGGUCUUGCUAGGUACACACGCACAGAAGAGAAUUUCUACAUGCCAAGAUAGACCAGGGAUCAAAUAAAUCGGGGGAGGAUAAUAAAGCACCAAAACUACCCACAAUUGUCCCUACUAACAGGUUCGAAGUUUCCGUUCGAUUGCGAAAGGACGGGUAUGCCGUGUCGCUGAUUUGCGGAACGCAGCAGACUAUGGAUUGCAAAAAUGUCUGGGUCUGGAAGAAUGCAGGAGUUUGUCAUGCAGAUUUUGCAUGAUCCAUGAGGUCUGUGAUGCAUGCCAUAGCAUCAGAGAUUUUGCGAGGGCUUUCUGACGCUCAUACAGCAUGAGAAAUGCCCUGUCCGCGUAGCACAAAUCACACCUCUUUUGCUGUUCAUGCAAUACAGUUUUUCUGUAGAUUCCAAAAGUAGCAUCACAAGUUGUAUCCUUCCAGACCCAGACACUUUUACAUUUGAUACAGACCGGGCCAGAAAAGAUCGAUCCCGCACACCGCGACAAAGUCAUGGACGAGUUUCGGCGGGGCAUUAUCCUGAGCAAAAACGUCCCCACCCCAGAGUUGUCAUGCAGAUUUGCAAUGACAGGAAAAUUUGUAAUGCGCACCUACAUGAGAGGCAUUUCCAAUCGUGUUUUGGCACUUGUAAUGCUGUAAACAGGAUGAGGAGAUGGGUUUGUCAUGCGACUGUCCUUGCUAACCUGUACUACACUACAGCCUGCAACUUGUCAUGCGUGGUUCCCAAAACUUCAAGGUUUGUGUUGCAGAAUCCCCAUCUUGACUCUGGUGUGGGGACGUUUUUACAAAUGAUAGGCAUCACCAAAGUUCUAGUGGCUACCGACGUCCUCGCGCGCGGAAUCGACGUGCCGGCGGUGACGCUCGUGGUGAACUACGAAAUCCCGACCAUAUGGACUGCGGGAUCAAGGUAUUACAAUUUUUGGAUGAAGUGUAGCAUUUUGUUUGCAUGAUGAUGACAUGAGUAUACGAAAAGAAAGGGCUCGUUGAAAGGUGGUUGAUAUGUAGUUGGUACAACUUCAUAGCAAAGGAAAGAGAACAACGAGACUGACGCCACCAAGGCAAGAAAGAAAGUAUCGAGAAGCCAGAAAAACACUGAACAUCAACAGGAUUGGCGAUAGAGAAGCCAACGGGGAAACUUACCUGCACCGAACCGGUCGUACGGGACGCUUCGGCAUGAAGGGUAUCGCCGUGAACAUGGUCGACAGGAGAGAAAAGGAGCUCAUGCUGGGUAUCCAGAAACAGUUUAAUAUCAAGACCAUUACCGACCUGGAAGGAGACUACGAGCUGCUCGAGGAACGAUUGAAGCAAGCCAGGAAGGUGCAGUGAGACGAUCAGCAAGCAUCAAAUGAAGGAGAUGAUAGUCAUUCUUGAUGCACCUUUUGAAUUCGCGAUAAAGAAAUACGAAAGGAAAAACAUGCGUCCACCAUAGCUACUACCCGCGACCCGCAUAUGAAUUGAUAUACCAUAUUGACUUGACCACGACCUGUAUGUGUUAAUGUACAUCUUUUUGUGAAAAUGUUAUGGUUUUUCAAGACUCAGACUCUAAAGCAAAUGCAAAAGCAAAGAAAGCAUGGCAACAUCCCGCGCAUAGGCUGCGAAUGAUAUAUCAUUAGACGGCCUCCCCGGCAAAGGCAAAGACCGGCUCGAUUUGCUGUCAUUCUCAAAGAACAAUUACAACGCGACAUGCACUAUACAUCCCUCUGCACCCAUGGCUCAUGGUAAUUCAGUAAGGUGAGGCAGGAGGAGAGGCCUAAAACGAAAAGAAAGGGAAAAUAAAAAGAGAAGGAGUAUAAUAUGAAUGCUUAAAAUAUAAUUUGCCCCCCCAUAAACCAUGUUUUAUUUUCAAGAAAACGGUUUCUACUCGAUCUCGUUUUACCUUGAAUUUGAUCUUGACACACCGAGCAUUUCAAUAGAAUUUCUGGUUGCAAGUUGCAUGUUCCGAGCUUUGCAAUAUGGCAACACCGAGCUUUGCAAUUGACCACACUUGAGGCUAUUUGAG